AUGGCAACUGGAAUAAGCGUUUUGGUACUGUCUUGCAGCGUUAUUUGCUACUCGUGCGAGUACGACGUUUGUGUAUAUGGCACAGAAUCGAAUCCCAAUCGAGUGGAGACGUCUCUUUCUCAAAUUCCUAGCUGGUCCAAGAUAUGCGCUGCGCAGAGAUUCUUUGAGGGGGGUGUGGUGGCUUGGCUGUUGAAUAAUUUAAGCCACAUACAUCUAACUGCCGAUGUUGACUGGUAG